AUGAAUAGUCUAUCAAAGUGUACAACAUUAUCUGAAUCAACUGAUAGUCAAUUAUGUUUUAAUUCAAAUUUAACAACAACAACAACAACAACAACACCGACUACUACUACUACUACAACAAAAACGAAUGAUAAUACUACUUUUAAUGAAAAUAGUAGUAUUGAUACAAAUUUGAUCAAUUUCAAUAAAGAUUUAUCAAUAAUGAAUGAACAAAAUGAACCAAUCAAUUUAUGUAUUCGUGAUCAAUUUAAGUUAGAUUUAAUGCAAUAUACUAAUAAAAUGAAAAUUAUCAGUAGUAUAUUUUGUGCUAAUAAUAUUCAUGAUCCUGAUCGGAAUAAUAUCGAUUAUUUUGGUAUGAAUCAUUUUAAUGGUAAUAAUAUAAAUGACAAUUAUAAUAAUUCAUUUUAUCUUACGGAUUUAACUAAUAAAAUGAAUAUGAAUUUAUAUGCUACAACCAAUAAAAUGAUGUCAGCGGAGUUGAAAUGGUUACCAGACAGUUUAAACCAAUUUCUUAUGAUGAAUUAUAAUAAUAUACAUCAUAAUUUUGAUUAUAAUUCUGCUAAUAUUACUAGUACUAGUACUACUACUGUUAUUGAUAAUAAUAAUAGUAAUAAUAUCCAAGGUAGUUCAAUGUAUUCUAUAAUACGUACACCUUCGCCAACAGUUCAACAAUCCCAUCUUGAUAAUGAAUUUUUAACAUCGACACCAGUAUGGCGUAAUAAGCUUACAGAUGAUAUAGAAACAGUAAAAAUUGAACGAGAAAACCUUAGAGAACAACAAAACGAAAGGGAAACAUCAAUAAAUGAAACUGAGAAAAUGAAGUGGAGAAAAUAUUCACGACAAAUUAAUCGUUUAUAUUAUUCACGUAGUAAAAUUGUACAUACACAACGAAAAAUUCAUCGAAAAUUAAAAAAUCAUUCUGAUAGUAAUAAUAUACAGAAAAACCCAAUUAACGGUGAAGAUGCUAAUGAUAAUGGUGUUAUCACAUGUCGUACAAAUACUAGAUCAAUUUGUAGGAGACGUCGUGUAGGUUGGCGUGGAACAACAAUAUGUGCAGCAUGUGGAUUAAUGUUUGAAGGAAUGAAUCAACUUAACACGCAUUAUUCACAUGUACAUGGAAGUCUUCUAGAAUCAGAAUGCACUUUUGCACAAUAUUCAAAUAAAUUACAAAAUAAUUCUCUAACAUCUACUACUAAUGAGAAGAAUUUAAUUCCAACAACAUCAGUCUCAUUAACAACUUGUAAAGAGAAUCAUUUGAAUAUUUCAUCAAUUAAUUCAACUGUUAAUCAUUCUAUAGAUAAACCAUUUAAUCAAUCUAAUCAACCAACUAAAAGUUAUCCAUGUCCAAAAUGUAAUUAUAUAGCUAAAUGGCCAACAGAAUUACAAAAACAUGUUAUGGUACAUGCAAAUUCACGACCAUUUAUUUGUUGUGUAUGUACAACUAGUUAUAAAUGGAGUUGGGAUUUAGGUCGACAUUUUACUAAUUCACAUCCUAAUUUACCUAAUCCAUAUAAACGUCAACGUAUUAGUAAACAUAAUUUUUAA